AUGAACGAAUUGGGCAUCAUAUAUGGAGAGCAUGAUAUUCUUCCUCGAUUGUUCCUUGCUCCAUUCCACCGAGGACAGCAGCUGGUGAAAGUAUACAGAAUUAUACUCUCAGAUUCAGUCGUGCUUCUCGUCAUAGUUAUGACUAUAUGGGCAUUGUCUACCGCCAUGAUAUGGGAACUUGUAACUCACCAAAGGAAUUCGGAGUCGUGGAACGGUCAGCUGAAAGUCCGUUCUAGCACAUCAAACCCUCGGUGUUGCGAACCCACCGAGCUUGUUAUGAGGCACAGUCCACACCAUGUGCACCGUCCUCAUCGGCCAAACUAG